AUAGAGCAUAUUCAAAACCCGCCCACUUUAGACAAUGAAUUAUGACUAAAGUUUCUAGAAUACUUGAGGUGAAUUGCAUCGAGGCACGUUUAAAAGGCUAUAAAAAGAGCACCAGUGUGUGAGCAGUUUAGUUAACCGUCUGCUACAGUACUGGCGAGGACGUGAGGAAUCCAUCGCUCUGAGAUGAAAUUUACUCUUCUUGCGGCCUUGUUGGCCGUCUUGUUGGUAACAGCAUUUGCGGAGCUCGGGCAAGCCUCCCCAGCUGCCGACGAACUUGAAGUUUCUGAGGUUGCCAAGUCCGCCCCAGACACCGAAACACUUGAAGCCCAAGAUACCGAAGAACUUGAAGCCCCUGAAUUGCAAGAGGCCACCCCGGACAUUGACGAGCAUGUAGCACCUGAAGUUGAUGACGCUGCCCUCGAUGACGAAGACGAACAGGUUGAGGAGCCUGCUUCUGAUACUGAUGAGUCAGGAAAAACUGAUCUUAAUGACCCAAUGAUAGAUGAUCAAGAUGCAGACAAAGAGAUUGAACUUCAAGCAAGGGGGCCUAAAAAGGAAUACAAACCAUGGUCAGCAUGGCAGACAUGGUCAGUCCCUCAAGAAAUCACAUUCCCCGAUUACAAGCAGUUCACAGUGAAAGGAGCGAAGUGUCCGGUGGGGUGUGGACCGGUCGCUUGGGCCAUGGUCUUCGGCUAUUAUGAUCGUCUGGCACACACUUCUUCCUCGUAUGGCUACAGCAAGCACCUAUUCCGCUGCUAUAAAGGCGUGGCAGGAUCCCCCAACUGUAUCGCCCCAAAGUACCAAAAUCCAACAGUCCAAGACUACAUUCUUGCAAUCAAUAAAGAGCUUAAAACGUUCUGCCUGUUUGGUGGCGGCGCGACCACACCCAAGGGCAUGGGAAGAAUUCAGAAGUGGUAUCAGGCGCGACAGGGAAAGUCGGCGACCAUUUCCAGCUACAAGUACUGGCUGUCCUGGACUGGAAUAACCAGAACGUGGAUCCGUAACAAAGCCAGGGACGCCAUUAAAGCAAAGUACCCGGCCAUUGUGGGCAUCUGGGUGAAGGGAAAGGCCAAGUCCCAACACUAUGCUGUGGCUACAAAGUACACAACGAGGUACAGGAAGUGGCGACGAUGCAUCAAGAUCUGGAAGAAGAUUUGUGGCAAGUGGCACACCCAGAGACAAGAAAGUUUCUAUCUUCACAUGGGAUGGGGUGGCUACAAAAAUAAUUGGUAUAAUAUCAAGACCUUCUCCGCUUUUGUGGCGCGCAAGUGAAUAUACGCCCCCCCCCAAAACUGGAAUGGAUGAAUAUACGCCCCGGAAACUGGAUUGGAACUGCAUGGACAAGUUUUUAGAUAAUCGAAUAAAAAAUAGAAUAGUGAAUAGUAAUGUAAAUGAUAUUAAUCCAUAAAUCUAGAUUAAUUUUGUACGAGUAUAUAAUAUUCUUGGAAAGUAAAAUACGUGAGAACAUCAUUUUGCUGCAUUGUUGUGAUCGAAAUGGAAUUUUUCUAAAUUGUAUGAGAUAGUUAAUUUCAUAUCAAUUUCAUCACCAAGAAUAUUCCCCGAGUAUUUUUUGCAUAUAGCCCCCCAAUGUCUCGGGUACCCUGUCCAAUAUCUGAACGAGCUAGUGCCAAUCUACUUUACCAAGAUGGCGGCUCAUCAGCCAACCCAAAAUCAGAUUGAAUCCAUCGAUCAAGUGGAUUUAACAGAGGAAUUUAACCUUCUUCCGACGGUAUUUGACAUAAUUCAAUCAGUACAAAAGAUGGGAGAUCCACAAGAGAUGUCAAAGAAGGUAAGCAGCUUUAGAGCCAAACUUCAGCAUUGUAGGGAGCUACUUGACACAGUUCCUGGACUUGACACAAGUUGUGAAGAGCAAAUAGAACUACUCAACAAGCACAAGAAGCAACUGGAAGAGAAAAGCAACCUUCUCUCUAAAUAUCAAGGCCUGCCUGUGUUCUCAGAUGCACUUGCAAAAGAAAUGAUCUGAUCAAAGAUGGCUUGCAGUGGCUUUGCAUAUAUCACAAGAGGGCCUCUUAGUCAUCAAGAGACAUGGGACAAAUCCAAGACAAGAAGACUUUGAGCACAGUGCAUACAGUAAAAAGGGAUUUUCCCACCCCAUCCAAGGUCAUGAUAUCAUGGUGGUACUUAGAUAUUAACAUUAUGGGGAGUUCAAAGGAGAUCUAGGCAUGCACAGACAAGUCUUUCAGGGAAUUAAAAUCCUGUGAAAUAUAGUCAAAAUAGUGCUUUAGCAUAUGGCCAUAGUCUGUGGAAGGAGUGGUUCGGUCUGAAGUGCCCCUACCCCCUACCCUCUCUCUAUUUGUUGGCCAGCAAGCUAAAUAAAGAGACGUUCGAGGCUCUGGAACUAGGGUAUGUAAUCAGGCUAUCACAACUGUUUCAGUAAACAAACAAAAGAGCUCUUACUCCAUUUGGUGAUCAAGGAAAUUUCCCUUAGCAAAUGUUUCAAGGUCUAUUUAAGAUAAGGCUGACACAAGUCUAUUUUGUUUUAUUUAGUUUGCCACCAUAAUCAAUAAUUAUAAAUAAUAUUAUUAAAUGAAGUUACUAACAAGUUUUAUUGUUCAUUUGAUGGACACCAGAAAUGAAAACAAAGUAAUCCUUGCUUUAAGAGGACUACCCAUUUAAAAGGUAUCUAUUUAUUUCUGUUAUUCUUAACAUAAUAUAUGCAAUUUGAAGGAUAAAAAAGGAUAAUGUGUUUUCCACGACAAAUAGCACAUUACUUUUGAAGAAAUCCCCAACUCAGAGAUUCACAAUUACAGUGAUUCAAAAAUAAAAAAGAAACAAAGCAA